CCGUGCCUUUCACGUUUGUUUCAUUAGCAAGCUUCGAGUGAGAGCUCUCCAGGCAUGUAUGUAGGCCCCAAUUCGUUAUUGCACCCCUGCUGGCCUGCGCGCCUGGCCCAUGCCUUGCACGCCUGAGUAAGGCUAGCGGAGGUCUGUGCACGCCUGAGAUCUUGGCGAAACUGAAAGUAUCAUCAAUUACAUGGGUUUCACUGCUUGCUCUAUUUCAGAGCAUUAUUCUCCAGAGUCCACCAUUUUCAUUGCAUGUUUAACUGCUUACUGAAUGAAUUUAGACCGAACCUAUGUGAAAAUAUUUAAAACAGCAGGCAUCAUUACCACCAAACAGAGCGUAAUGUGUAGAGUGUUUCAGUGAAAUCUCUAUCACAUGCCUUAUUAUGAAUGGUCCCUUCAUUAAUUUGAAGAUAACUGAAAUAUCCCACCAAGAUGAUUAGUUUCCACAUCAGCUAUGAGCAAGAAAGGGUUCUAAUCUGAUGCUUUCUGCACAUUUAAAUGUGCUACGGAAAUAAGAUUUAAUUUGUGAUCAGAACACUUGAUGCAAGUCUGAGCCAAGCAUUGCUGUAUAGUCAGCUCAAAACAUGCUCUCCGGAGUGAGAUUUGGAGAGACAGCUGGUCGGCAGUGAUUGGUGGUGCACAGCCGAAGCAGCCAGAGAUGUCCAGUGUAGCGGACGGUGUGCCGACACCGGGCUGGGGCGCAGCGACCGCCGCCGGCCGCGCCGCGCCGGCGCCCGGCUCCGAGGGCAGCCGGCACAGUCCGAUGGACGUGGACGCUGCUGACCAGCCAGAGGUCGACUUGGCUCCGGCUGGUGCGGCGGGCGACACCCCGGCCACAGACGCCAAUAGCAAGCUGUCGGCUGGCGACGAGGGGGCUGAGAUGAGGGGGCUCACGGAAAGCGGUCCCGGCGGCUCGGACGAGGCAGCCGCGCAGGGAGCUGGUGGUGGGGCCGACUCGAAGCAGCUGGGUGCUGGUGCGUGCUCUGAACCAGUGGCUGACCAGUCCGGGCCCGGUGAAUCGGACCAGCCCGAUACGGCUAAAGCGGAACUGAAUGCUGCGGAGCUGGCCCAGCCUGACAAACCCCUGGACAAGGACAUUGCGCUGGUGACGCUGGACUCGGACUCUGACGAGUCCGGCCGCCCCGGCCCCACUGGGCGGACCGGUGCGCGGCCGCCGCGCGCCUGUCUCAACCCCGACUGUAAGGCGCGCCAGGGCCUGGUGUCGGCCAGCUCCUCGGACCUCGUGUAUUUCACCAUGGUUCAUGGAGAAGGCGCAGCCGUACCUGCGCACUUGCGCGUCAACGGAAAACGCGCCAAAAUCUGCACCGUCUGCAAGAUGGUCGUUGAAAAAUACAAUAAGCUGAUGGCCGAACUGGUGAGCCAGGGCCGCCCUCUGCUGGAGGGCGCCGUCCGCGCCAAGCAGAACGAGGUGUGCCUCGACUCGGACGGCGAGGAUGGGCCGGCCGGCCAGCAGCCGGUCGGCGACGACGACUCGGCCAGCGACAGCUCGGAGCUCUCGCUGCUGGAGGCCGACGGUGACAUGGAGGAGCGGAUCCGCGCCGCCAUGUCGGCCGUCCACUUCGACCACCAGCUGGACACGUGCAUCGAGUGGGUGCGCCACAAACAGGCGCAGAUUGACGACUCGUUCAGCAAGACGGAGCGAGAGCUGUCGCGGCUGGACAAGGACCUGCACUACCUGUACGAGGACCUGUACAAGGAGCGGCCGCCCACCCGGUCGCUGCGGCCGGUGACGCUGUGCCACACGGAGACGCAGCGGACGAUCCACUACUCUGACGGGCGCGUCUAUGACCUGGACCCGGCGUACACGGCUCACCUGCAGACGACCAUGCCGCCGCCGCCGCCGCUGGCCGCCCGGCCGGCCGGCGCUCCCGCGCACCCGGCCACCGCCGCCGCGCUCAAAAAGCAGCCCGCAAACAAACCCGUGGGAGACAUCCAAAUCAGUGACGUGGUGCAGGUGCGGCGCGCGGCGCUGCCGCAGGACCUGCCUCCACUGGGCACCAUCCAGCGGCCGGCCGUCACCGUCGGCCAGCACGUGUUCGCCAUGCACAGCGACACCCUGUCGCCCUGGUUCCGGGCCACCGUCAGGGAGGUGGUGGCCAAACCCAGCGGGGCGCGCUACAAGGUGAAGUUUGACUCGCCGCGCGUCACUUCCAACAAGAGUCGUCUGGCUGCCGGCUCCGAGCUGGCCUACGUGGGCCCGUCGACGGUACGCCUGCACGUUGGCGUGCGCGUGGUGGGCGCGUUCCGGCACACGCAGCAGCAGACGCCCACCUUCUACUCUGGCACCAUCGCUGAGGCGCCCAAGGCCAUGAACGGCUACCGGUACCUGGUGUUCUUCGACGACGGCUACGCGGCCUACGUGCAGCACCGCGAGCUGAAGCUCAUCUGCCAGCCGUCCAACAACGCUGCCGACGACGUGCACCCCGAGUGUCGCCAGUUUGUGGCCAAGUACCUGGCUCAGUUCCCCGAGCGGCCCAUGGUCAAACUGCAGCCCGGACAGCUCGUCAAGACAGAGUACAACGGGAAGUGGCUGCCGGCCCGCGUGUCCGAGGUGGACGCCUCGCUGGUGCUGAUGGUGUUCGAGUCGGAGCGCCACUCGGAGUGGAUCUACCGCGGCUCCACCCGGCUGGCGCCAAUGUACGCCGAGCUGGUGCCCGUGCAGCCGCGCAAACUGGGCACGGGCGCGCGGCGCAACAUCAUCAACACCAUCAACCUGGGAAAGAAAAACCGCGUCUACGUCGAGUACACGCGGCACGCCGAGCGGGAGGAGGAGGAGCUGGGCGCGCGCCGCGCCGCCGCGCCCCGCGCCGUGGCGCGCAAGAGCACGGCGCAGAGCGCGGCGCCGUCGCCGCCGCCGCCGCCGCCGCCCACCGAUCGUCUCAUCUCGCCCAUAUCGCCCAUGGAGGGCGACGGUCAGAUCGCCGAGAUCGCCAACAAGCCGCGCGUCACGCCGCGCCGUCUUCAGCCGCACGCGUGCGGGCGAGCCUGCAUCCGAAACUAUAGCGACGUCGACAUGGACCAGCUCAAGGGCAACAAUCCGCUGCUCAUGCCCAUGAUGAGCGGCUGGAUCCGGGAGAUCGUGCGCCACCGGACCAGUAAGCGGACGGUGCUGUACCGGGCGCCGUGCGGCCGCCGCCUGCGCUCGCUGGACGAGGUGUUCCACUUCCUCAGUAUCACCGGCUGCCGGCUGGAGAUCGACUGCUUCUGCUUCGACUUCUGGGUGCACUGCUUCACCGAGUUCGAGCCGGCCAGAAAGUUCUGCAGCAUCAAGGACAUCUCGUACGGAAAGGAGAACGUGCCCGUGUCGUGUGUCAACUCGCUGAACCGCGACUAUCCCGACUACGUGGAGUACAGUACGCGCCGGCUGCCCACCGAUGGCGUCCACCUCAACCUGGACGCCGACUUCCUGACGUGCUGCGACUGCACGGACGACUGCCAGGACAAGGAGCGCUGCUCGUGCUGGCAGCAGACCAUCCAGGGCACCGAGUUCGGUCCCACCGGCCAGCUGGACCCGUCGGCCGGCUACCACUUCCGGCGACUGGUCAAUGGCAACGUCAUCACCGGCAUCUACGAGUGCAACGCCAGGUGUAAGUGCCGGCGCACCUGUCUGAACCGGGUGUGCCAGCACCCGCUGCGGCUGCGGCUGCAGGUGUUUAAAACGCUGCGGCGCGGCUGGGGCAUUCGCUGUCUGGACGACAUCCCCAAGGGCGGCUUCAUCUGCGUGUACGCCGGCCAGCUGCUAACGGAGUCCCUAGCCAACGAGGACGGUAAAAACUACGGCGACGAGUACCUGGCCGAGCUGGACUACAUCGAGGUGUUGGAGCGGCUCAAGGAGGGCUACGAGUCGGACGUGGUCGACGACGACGAGAGCGGCGACGAGAAGAGGGACGAGGAAAAGUCGGACGACGAGACGUCGCCGGGCGGUGACGAUGAGGACGUCGCCGGCACGUCCAGCUCGGAGACGGGCCGGCGGCGCGCCGGCGCCAGCCGCGACGCCGACUUCGUGCCGCGCCACGGCGGCGGCCGCGGCGGCGGCGACACCGACCUGCGCCGCUCCAACAGAGCCCGCCAGACGAAGACGGCCGGCUCGGAGCCGCAGCACGAGACCAAGAAGACGUCCGCCGCCGGCGCGGCCAAGCCGCCGGUCGAGUCGAAGCGGCCGGCGAGCGCUCCGAGCGCCGGCAGGCUCUCCCUGCCCGACGACGACUACAAAUCUGUGCGCGAGCAGUUUGGCGCCGACGAGUACUGCUACAUCAUGGACGCCAAGAACAUCGGCAACCUCGGCCGAUACCUGAACCUGCUCGCCAAACGUCUUCGUGCAGAACGUCUUUGUGGACACGCACGACCUGCGCUUCCCGUGGGUGGCCUUCUUCGCGCUGUCGUACGUGCGCGCCGGCACGGAGCUUACCUGGGACUACAACUACGAGGUGGGCUCCGUGCCCGGCAAGGUGAUGUACUGCCACUGCGGCAGCCAGGAGUGCCGCGGCCGGCUGCUAUAACGGACCGCGCUGCCGUACUGCCACUGCGGCAGCCAGGAGUGCCGCGGCCGGCUGCUCUAACGGGCCGCACUGCCACUGCGGCAGCCGGGAGUGCCGCGGCCGGCUGCUCUAACGGACUGCGUUACCACUGCGGCAGCCAGGAGUGCCGCGGCCGGCUGCUCUAACGGGCCGCGCUGCCACUGCGGCAGCCAGGAGUGCCGCGGCCGGCUGCUCUAACGGGCCGCGCUACCGUACUGCCACUGCGGCAGCCAGGAGUGCCGCGGCCGGCUGCUCUAACGGACCGCGCUACCGUACUGCCACUGCGGCAGCCAGGAGUGCCGCGGCCGGCUGCUCUAACGGACUGCGUUACCACUGCGGCAGCCAGGAGUGCCGCGGCCGGCUGCUCUAACG